AGCGAUUAGUUAUUGCAUUAGGAGCACAACCACAUAGGCAAAAAAAUAAACUCGUAUCAGUCUUGCCUUCUUUUGCUAACAGUACAGGCUUUAAUGUCUAGCGUCUUCAUAGGUACUAUAGGUUGUGCUUCCGUUCCCAACGCUCCCCUACUGCCACAAUCGGGUCUGUGGGUUUUAUUGCCCAGAAUUUCCCCUGCUGUUUACCAAACGAACAGGUUUUUUUUCCUACACACCCGGACAUUCGUGCGAGGGGUAAGUGAGUUGUUGUGCGAUGCGCGCGCUGCAUUCUGUAUUAAGACGCGAGCGCGACAACACGCAUCUCGGGACACUGGUUGUCGGUGGUAGCAACCUUGUUUCUGUGCUGGAAUUGAAGCUUUUGCCAAGUGAAAAUCAUGUUUGCUGCUUAGUUGUGGUUUGAAACAUAGAGAAAAGGUGCUAAGCAAAUAGAACAUUCCAUCGUAAUGAAGUUCGCUGUCUGUGUUCUCCUCAUGUGCAGCCUUGCGCUGGCUGCUGAAACCCGUUUCGUCUGCCACUACACGACCUGGUCCCGCGAUCGGCCGGACGAAGGUUCCUUCCAGAUCAACGACAUCCCGGGCAACCUUUGCUCGCACGUCGUCUACAACUUCCUCGGCGUGAACGAAACCUCCUACCAGCUGGAGCUGCUGCAGCCCGAGUAUGACCUCGGCGAGCGGGCGCUCGAACGGUUCGCCGCGCUGAAAGACCAGUUCCCCCACCUGAAGCUGCUGAUCGCGGUCGGUGGCUGGGCGCACGGUGGUGCGCGCUUCAGCGAGAUGGCCAAGUUUCGCACCCGGCGCAAUCAGUUCAUCGGCAGCGUGAUCAAGUUCCUGCACCAGUACCGGCUCGACGGCAUCGAGCUGGUGUGGCUCUAUCCGGGCAACUUCGAUCGGGGCGGCGCUGUGGAGGACAAGGACACCUUCCUCUAUCUCGUGUCCGAGCUGGCCAGGGUGGUGCGGGACGAGAAGAAACCGUACGAGGUGGUGAUACAGGUGCCGGUGGACAUCUCGCGCAUGGCGGUCGGGUACCACCAGGAGGAGCUGUGCGCGGCGGCCGACUUCGUGCACAUGGUCGGGUACGAUCUGCGCGGCUGGUGGAACAACUUUGCCGACGUGCACAGCCCGCUGGCGCCCCGGCCGAACGAUCUCGUGAUGGACAGCUUCGAGCACGUGAACGUGGGGGACGGCGUGCAGGAUUGGCUCGACAAGGGCUGCCCGCCCGAGAAGGUGACGCUCGGGGUGGCCCUGUUCGGCCGCACCUACCUGCUGGACGAUCCGCUCGACAACACGAUCGGUGCGGUGACGAUCGGGGCCGGCGAUCCGGGCCCGUACAGCAACGAGCCGGGCUAUCUCGGCUACUGCGAGUUCUGCCACAAUCUGACCAGCGACGAGUGGACGAAGAAGUGGGACGAUGUGGGCCUGUGCCCGUACGCGUACACCGAGACGACCUGGAUCGGGUACGAGAACGAGCGGUCGCUGCAGGAAAAGAUCAACUACGUGAAGCAGAAGGGACUGGGCGGGCUGUACGCGUUCUCGCUCGAUCUGGACGACUAUAGGGGGGCCUGCGGGGAACCGUUCCCGCUGACCCGCUUCCUAUCGCGCUAUCACGACGAAACGAAGAUCAAAGAUUGGCACAUUUUCGUCUCGACCACGGAGCGGAAGGAGAUCAACACGACGGAAGGCGAAGCGUAACUAUCGUGGGCAACACUCUCUAAGCAUAACACACGCACGCAGCGCAUUGUGUAAUGUAUUUUAUGAUAAAAAAAUAAAGGCAAACUGCAACGCGCUUUA